CCGGUUUGUGUAAAAACAACAUCUCACCUUCUUUCUUUAGUCCAAGUGCUGGAGCACGUUUGAGUGACCAUGGAUUGCGUUCGCUGUCAUGUAGUUCAGCGUUAACACGGCGUGAAUAUCGGCGGAGGGCCACUUUCGCGCGGAUACGAGGAGCCGGAGUCGAAGCCAUGGCCGCAUGGGAGGAAGGAGAGGUUCUGCACGGCAAAAUAAGGCACCACGACGGAGCUGGAAGUGUAAACAGCUCAGAGGGCUUCAGGAACGGCUAUGUGAAGAGCUGCGUCACCCCCCUGAAACAGGACCAUCAGAGGGGCUUUUUCUUUAACGUGUGCAGGUUUUGCAACGAAGACAUCCUCAAUUCGAAACUCCUCAAGGUCUCUGCCCUGUACGUCGGCGCGAUAGUAAUAUUCGCGGUUUCUUUCCUCAUUUCUAGGAGCUUGCAAAGUGACUCGCCGUGGGAUUUGCGGACUUUUUUGUCGGGCUUCUCCCAGUCCAUCAGUCCUCUGUUCAGCAUAGGAUGUGCUUUCUUCUUUCUAACGUUUUACCUGCGGAGGAAAAAGAAGGAGAGCAGCAAGCGUUGGCUCCUGUCACUGCCAGCAUCGUGUUACCUCGGGGAUUUUUUGGUUUUGCGGUUCCUGCAAUGGGGAGAGGACCAGCACCAGAUGCAAAUGGUGGGCAGGUUGUUAUUCGUGUUGGGAUGUGUGGGUCUGCUCACGCUGAUCCCGACGCUGAAACUCAAACACAGUGUCUUCGUACUGCUUUUCGCCAGCGUCGUGUGGCUGGUGUCUUUCACAAGUUUGAGCGGUCUGCCGGCGCUGCUCAGACCGCUCCUCGCCUGCUUCGCGGGGGUUUCGGGCUCCCUGUUGGGGCUCUGCUUUGACCGCUACUACCCGACGAGGGAGCCGCCGUGUGGGACUCCCAGCGCGGAGGACAAGGUCCCGGUGAUCAGACCUCGGAGGAGGUCCAGUUGCGUUUCACUCGGGGAAACGUCGACCAGCUAUUAUGGCAGUUGUAAAAUGCCCCGCAGACCCUCGUUGCCCUGCAUAUCCAGGGAGCAGAUGAUCUUAUGGGACUGGGAUCUGAAACACUGGUACAAGCCUCAGUAUCAGGGGGCCGUGAGCGGCAACGGUGUGGACCUCUCGGUCAUCAACGAGGCCAGGAACCUGGUGUCGGACCUGCUGAUGGACUCGUCCCUGUCUCCACACACCAUCUCCGCACUGCGCAGCGUCUCCAGCCUCAUGGGGACUUUCUCAGGCUCGUGCCGGCCCAGGGUCAACCCCUUCACCCCCUUCCCGGGUUUCUACUCCUGCGAUGAGGUGGAGGACUCUGUGGAGAGGAGCGACAGGAAAACCAUUAAGGGUUUGAGCAGCAGAAACAGCCUCCCGACUCCUCAGCCCCGCCGGAGUUCCACCUCCUCCUCCUCGCCGUUUCUCCCUCCCCUGGACUCCGCCUCCGCACGCUGGGAGCGCAACAAUGGAAAGAGACCCCACCCUGACCUCAACUUGACCAGCUCAGGUUUUUCUAAUGGACCCAAUGCAAAUCUGCUGACCAUUCCCAAGCAGAGAUCUUCAUCUGUUACCCUCACAUACCAUGCAGGACCCAGGCGAGCGGGCACAUCACCGAGCCUGAGUCCCGUCACCUCACCGAGCCACAGUCCCCCCUCGGUCGGGACGGGCUCCUCAUCGUCCCUGGUCACCCGGUCGCCUGUGGAGUUCCCAGACACGGCCGAUUUCCUCACAAAGCCCAGCGUCAACUUGAACCUCCACAAGCCUCUGGGCUACGUCCACAGCUCACCUGACUUCCAGCAGGUGUGCCGGAGCUCUGCCCUCCCUCUCUGCACCAGCUGUGGCCGUCAAAUGCUGAAGGGAGUAUCCGUCAGCGAAUCAGGGGAGUCUCAUCAGCCGUUCGCCAGUGAGAUUCAACGCAGGCGCUCCGCAGGUGAAGGGGUGGACUUCCCCAUAGAGCCUCUAAUCAGGGAAGAGAGUGUGGAGGCAGAUGUUUGCGCUGAUGUGAGGCCAGACCCUGGAGGGAGUCAGGGUCUGGCAGAGGAGGAGAACCAGGAGAAGAACCCAGGCACAGACCAGCAGACUCAGGAAUCAGAGGGUGAGCAGGAGUUCAGAAUAGAUCCUAUGCUGGAGGAGCAUGAAUCUCUCAUGGAGAGGAUGAACACCUGGAACUUUCAGAUCUUCGACCUGGUGGACAAAACAGGAGGAAAGACUGGAAGGAUCCUCAGCUAUGUAACAUACACACUUUUCCAGGAUAUGUGUCUGUUUGAAAUUUUCAAGAUUCCUGUCAGGGAGUUCAUGACCUACUUCUGUGCCCUGGAAAAUGGCUACAGAGACAUUCCCUAUCAUAAUCGGGUUCAUGCUACUGAUGUGCUCCACGCUGUUUGGUACCUGACCACUCGACCAAUCCCCGGGUUCCAGCAGAUCCACAGCGAGCACGUGACGGGGAGCGACACAGAUUCAGACAGUGGAAUCUCUCCCGGCAGGAUCUCCUACGCCUCCUCCAAGAGCUCCUCCAUUUCAGACGACAGCUACGGCUGCCUGGCCUGGAACAUACCUGCUCUGGAGCUCAUGGCCCUUUAUGUAGCAGCUGCAAUGCACGAUUAUGACCAUCCCGGUCGCACAAAUGCCUUUCUAGUAGCCACUAAUGCACCUCAGGCGGUGCUGUACAACGACCGCUCGGUGCUGGAGAACCACCACGCCGCGUCCGCCUGGAGCCUCUACCUGUCCCAGCCCGACUUCAACUUCCUCGUCAACUUGGAUCACGUGGAAUUCAAGCGUUUUCGCUUCCUCGUCAUCGAGGCCAUACUUGCCACAGACCUCAAGAAGCACUUUGACUUCCUGGCUGAGUUCAACUCCAAGGUGAAUGAUGUGAACAGUCCAGGAAUUGAUUGGACCAAUGAGAAUGACCGGCUGCUGGUGUGCCAAGUGUGUAUCAAGCUGGCGGAUAUCAACGGACCGGCCAAAGUCCGUGACUUGCACAUCAAGUGGACAGAAGGCAUCGUCAAUGAGUUUUAUGAGCAGGGAGACGAGGAGGCCAGGCUGGGAUUACCCAUCAGCCCCUUCAUGGACAGGUCCUUGCCGCAGCUGGCCAAGCUGCAGGAGUCUUUCAUCACCCACAUCGUGGGACCCCUCUGUAACUCCUAUGAUGCUGCCGGCCUGCUUCCCGGCUACUGGAUCAACGAGUCUGGAUCGGACGAGGACGACGACGAGGGCCAGGUGGACAUCGACACAGAUGAAGAGGAAGAGGAGGAGGACGAGCUCGAAGAUGAGCUGGCGCCGAGAAGGAGGAAACGCCGCCGCCGGUUGUUCUGCAGCAUAAUGCAGCACCUGACGGAGAACCACAAGGUCUGGAAGAAGAUCAUCGAGGAGGAGGAGAAAAGCAAAGAGCUGGGCAAACAGCAGCCGGCGGACGGCCUGCCCACCUCCCCGUCCGAUGACAUCCAGGUCAUCCAGGAGGAGGAGGAGGGGGAGGAGCGCCAGUAGCAGGAGGACAAACCAGAGAGCGGAGCUGCGUGAGUUGGAAGCGUGACGGAGAGGCGGCGUGAGGACACCAGUCCCUCAGACCACCUGCCUCUCACCGACGUAAAGACAAACAGUUGGCAAAUGCACAUAAAACACAUGUUCCAUCUCCCUCCCUCCCUCCCUCCUUCUGUCCCUCCCUCCGUCUCUCUCACACACAGACGUUGAAAGAUUCACUGUGCAGACGCUUGAGCAGUCACAUUGUGUUAUGUUUUGUUUUGUUUUUAUUUUUUUUUUUUGGAGAAACAAAAAGGCCUUACUACUGUGAGCGGAUCCUUACUGCAACGGUGGGGGCCCCAACUCCUAUGCACUUUCACCCCGUGGAGAGUCGAGUGCACCCAGAAAAAGAGGCACCAGAACUGAGGAGUACGGUGCAAAAGGAAGCGAGUGUGGGCGGGCGGGGGUCCCGGCGUUGACUCGCCAUCCAUGGUAACCUGGCUGUGAUGCUGCCUUGAAUGCAAAGCGCUUAAACUUAGGUACAAUUUAUGUAAACUUAUGAAUCAAAGGUAGAGGAAAAAUACUGAAUCAAGCGACAUUAUGAAGUGAUUGAAACCCUUUACCAAAGUGAACAUUUCAUACAAGGAAAGGCAAAGAGACUGAAGCUCUGUCUCUCUUUGUCAGGUAUAUUUUUUAAUUAUAAGUACACACACACACACACACACACACACACCAUAUCAGGCCAGAUUCCAGUCUGGGCCUUGACACACACACAUAUAUAUAUAUAUAUAUACAUAUAUAUAAAUAAAUAUCAAAUGAUGUGCCUGUCUGAACCUUUACUAAGUCCAUACCGGCCCAGAGCCUCGGCUUGUGUAGUUUUCUCUCCUUGCUGGUGACACAAAACACUGUAUCAGACUCAGUCACAGAGACUUUAUUGAAACGUCGACUGAUUAAUAGCAUUAUAUCUGCAUCAUUUUUGAUGCUUUUACUCAUGUGUACCACCUUGCUUUUUUUUUUUUUUUUUUUUUUUGAAACUCCCUGUCUUUUAUUUUGUUUGUGUUUAAAUAUUUUGGCAGGAAUGUGAUCAGAGAGAAUGAGUAGGGAGAAAGAGAGCACAUUUUUAAUUAUUUUAGUAUGUACUUUGUGUGUAUGUCUGUGUGUCCCUUUUAGUAAUGGUUGGUUUCUAAUCAGCGAAAUGUCCUCUGGUGUUUUAACAUGUUGCAUUCAGAUCAGGACUGCUGUUUCAAUGAAAGGAUUCUCCUUCUUUUUUUUUUCUUCUUUUCUGAUUCAAAGUAUUUUUUUAAAGGUUACUCAGGAUUCACGCAAAGUUUGAAUAAUUAUUUUGCAAAAAUAUAUGUCAUUGAUAUGAAAUACACUUUCGAAAUUGAGGAAAUUGAAACAUACGCGUGACUGUUUGUAAUCUCUUAAUGAACAAUUUGACUACAAACACACAGAGAGGACAGAGGAGUAGACAGCAUGCGCCGUCUCUCCGCCGUUCGGACGCUGUUUGCAUAACCUUUUUACGACCUCACUGGAGAAAAGCUAAUCUUGAUUGUCAGCAGACUGCAGCCACACAUCAGAUCGGGCUCCUUUUUUUUCUUUUUGUCGUGAAAUGUUCUCUGUAUUAUUUUCAAAAUCGGAAGUACAAAGCAAAUCCAAACGCCUGCUUUUGUGUGCCGGGGAACGGUGAUCUUUAGACAAAACAAACCUUCAUCCGGCUUUCAUUUUCCUUUUCUUUUUUUUUUUUUUUAAUUUUGAUUAAUUUGAUUUGAAUCAAAACCCAUCACUCGGCCAGUGUGUGAAGAAGAGAUCCAGGUUUUUAAUGUCACUUUGGUUUUGUUUUUAAUAUAUAUAUGCAUAUAUAUCUGUUUUCUGAUGUGCUACGGGACGGGUUAAAGAACUGCUGGUUCUCUUAAUUUUGUCUCGACAAACUCUUGGCAUUCCACUAGAAAUGAGACACUUCAUCAAAGGGAAGGCAGACUUGUCACCUCGAUCAUCUUUUCAAUUCAUAAUCUCUGGAGAAAAUGUUAAAUAAGCAGUGACGGUAAUAUUUGAAGACAUAAAAUAGACACAGAUGUGCACAUUUUAAUACCAAACAAGUGUUUAGCCGCUGUACAAAA